AUGACCGCCCACAUCCUCAUGCUGUUGCUCCUCACCUCUGCUCUAGGGGACUCGGCCUCCGCAGGCAGGCGGCUCUGGCACCUGGUACCCCAGCACCGCGGCCGCCUCUGCUCCCUGGGCACAUGUCAGACGCACCGCCUGCCGGAGAUUAUAUACUGGCUGCGCUCUGCCUCCACCAAGGAGUCCUCGGGGAAGGCUGGCCGCAAGCCCCAGGACCCGCAUAGCUAUGGGCGCCGCCGGCGCGAGGCAGGAGCCCUGCUUCAUCCCCAGGACCCAGGCCGUCAGCAAGGGGGCCAGGACAGUGCCCAGCUUAUGGGGUGA